AUGGAGAAAUGGUCAGGUGUUCUGUGCCCAAGAAUUCAGGAAAAAUUGGACAAGGAGAAACACAAGGCUACAUAUUGUGAUGUGCAUCCUUCCACAGACCAAUUGUUCAAUGUCAUUCAUGGCUUGAACCUGCUUGUUGUUAAUUUGGAAGAAAAAACUUGCAGCUGUAGGAAGUGGGAAAUGGUUGGUAUUUCCUGCUGCCAUGUAGUUGCUUGCAUCUUCUUUAUGAACAAAGAAGCAGAAGACUAUGUGGAAAGGUGUUACACAAGGGAAGCAUAUCUACAGGCUUAUGCAGGUUCAAUUCCACCCUUUGAAGGUGAGAGGUUUUGGCCAAAGGUGCAAUGUCCCCUGGACCCACCACCAAUUAAAAUUGGUCCAGGGAGGCCAAGGAAAAAUAUAAUUAGGGACCCUUUUGAAAACCCUAAAAAACCUGGCUGUUUGACCAAGUCUGGUGUUAAGAUGACCUGUUCCUUGUGCAAAUACAAGGGACACAACAAAAGAAGAUGUCCUAACAAGGAUACAAUACCACCCCCUACAAAAAGGCAUAGGGGCAGGCCCAGAAAUGAUGGCCAGCCACCUCAUAGCAAUGUGCCUGAAAAUCCUCAAACUCAGGUCAUAAUAUCUGCAUCAGCUCCACACCAUUCAUUCACUGCCUAG